AGCAUUAGCAACACUGCCCCAGCUGAGAAUAAGCCAUUUUGUUGCAAUUUGAGGUUUAUCACUUUGGACUGAGGCUCUUCUCAAAGGACCAGAUGCUCCAUAUUGCACUUGAUGAAGCAGGUGGGAGAAAUUAAGGGCACAUUACACCUGCUUGCUAAAAAGCAACGGCUAGAGGAUGACCUCUCCACCAGUCUUCAGCUGUUUACUCCCGUGAGCCCUUACGAUGUAGACCUCCCAAUUCAAGCAACUGAAGAUGUGUUGUUCAGCUCUCAAUUUAAUCAGCCCAAAGAGCUUUCUACAGACUUCUCCACUGUGGAUCUCAGCUUUCUUGCAGAUAUCACCCAAGAUAACAAAGAACAAAAUCUCUCUAAAGAUGGUAGUGAAAUGCAAGAAGAACUUGAUGAGUCAAUACCAAGAAAGGAGGGCAGCAGUGGCAUGGAUGAAAGGGGCUUGUCGUACCCAGAUGCAACUCAACCAUCUCCUGAAGCAUCUGACUCGUGUCCUUUGACACCAAUGACUCCGAUGACCCCAGCGACAUCUGCAUCAGAAAGCUCCGGCAUAGUUCCUCAGUUACAGAAUAUAGUGUCAACUGUAAACUUGGCUUGUAAACUAGAUCUGAAGAACAUAGCUCUGCAUGCCAGAAAUGCAGAGUAUAACCCAAAGAGGUUUGCUGCUGUCAUCAUGAGAAUCAGGGAACCACGAACAACAGCCCUCAUCUUCAGUUCAGGAAAAAUGGUCUGCACAGGAGCUAAAAGUGAGGAGCAAUCGCGGCUUGCAGCCAGAAAAUAUGCACGUGUGGUGCAGAAGCUUGGGUUCCCUGCCAAGUUCCUGGACUUCAAGAUCCAGAACAUGGUUGGGAGCUGUGACGUGAGGUUCCCCAUCUGGCUGGAAGGUUUGGUUCUCACUCACCAGCAGUUCAGCAGCUACGAACCUGAACUGUUUCCUGGCCUUAUUUAUAGGAUGGUCAAACCAAGAAUAGUGCUGCUUAUCUUUGUGUCUGGAAAAGUUGUACUGACUGGAGCAAAAGAGCGUUCUGAAAUCUAUGAGGCAUUUGAGAACAUCUACCCCAUUCUAAAAGGUUUCAAGAAAGCAUCAUAAUGUGGCCAAUAAAGCAACUUGGAGUAACAUGUGAGUUUGUGUCAUUACACGUGGAACAGAGACAGGUGUUCCUGGACCCAGUUGUACCAUUGUGGAUUAUUAAGUAAAUGAUGCUCUACUGAAUGUUAUAAAUGCUGAUGCUUUCCGUAGUUUGUGAAACGUUAGUUGCUUUGGUUGUGGUUUUUUGUUUGUGUGGUGUGUGUUAUGGUUUGAUUGUUUUGUUGUGUGGGUUUGUUGCUCUCUUUUUACUUUCAGAUUAAUUAUCUGUAGUCCACUUGAGUCGUGACAUCUUCUGUCCAACUGGAAAAAAGUUGCCAAAUGAACGCACUUUUAAUAGAAUGUAUAUUAAGGUAGCACUUACACGGUUUCUAUUACAAAAUACUUUUGUGUUUUCCCCUGAAAAGUUGCACUUCAAACCAGCUUUAUCAAAACCCCAAUUUUAAGUGUACCAAACCUUGCUCUUGCUGUGUUGUAUUUUCAUGUUGAAACUCAAAAUAUACUUUUGUGUACA